CCUGAAGCUCUGCCGACGGGCGCAACAUCACGCUAUCACGUUGUCGCGUCGCUUAGCCCCCUGGUUCACUUUCUCCGGAUCACCCACUCCCCCCAGCCAUGGAUCCGUUCUCCAGCCUGCAAGUUCCCGAUGGCUCCCAGCCUGGUCCCUCGCGCCAGCAUGGUGCGAGGCCUGUCUCUGUGCAGCCGACCAGUUCGAAUGCUGCCAACUCGCAGUCGGCGUCGCGCAAACGUGCUUCGCAUACUGUCGUGACCUCCCAGCCCCAACAGGAGGAGCAGCCUGGCUACCGUGACAUCUACUCUCACCCUGCUGCUAUGGAGUACGCAGCAGCCCACCCGAGGCGGACUAUCCCCAAGUUCGGACCAUACCUCCUCCUACAGACCUUGGGCGAAGGGGAGUUCGGCAAGGUCAAACUCGGGCUUCACAUGCAAUGGGGCGAAGAGGUCGCCGUGAAGCUUAUUCGACGAGGCAACAUCGACUCCAGCGUGCGCAUGUCGAAGGUGGAACGAGAGAUCGAGGUCUUGCGGACCCUCAAACAUCCCAACAUCGUCCGACUCUACGACGUUAUCGAAACGGACAAGUACAUUGGUAUCAUCCUCGAGUACGCGUCGGGCGGCGAGUUGUUCGACCACAUCCUCGCCCAUCGCUAUUUGCGGGAGAAGGAUGCUUGCAAGUUGUUCUCCCAACUCAUCUCCGGCGUCUGGUACAUCCACCAAAAGAAAAUCGUUCAUCGGGACCUCAAGCUCGAGAACCUGCUCCUGGACCGUAACCGGAAUGUCAUCAUCACGGACUUCGGCUUUGCCAACCGCUUUGAACACCGGUCAGACGAUCUCAUGCAGACCAGCUGUGGGUCUCCCUGCUAUGCUGCACCUGAGCUCGUCAUUUCCGACGGCCUGUACGUCGGCUCUGCGGUCGACAUCUGGUCUUGCGGCGUCAUCUUGUAUGCGAUGCUGGCGGGUUACCUCCCAUUUGACGACGACCCCGCUAACCCGGACGGUGACAACAUCAACCUGCUGUACAAGUAUAUCGUCAACACACCCCUGUCUUUCCCCGACUACAUCUCCAAGGAAGCGCGAGACCUGCUCUCAAUCAUGCUCGUUCCCGAUCCUGCGCGUCGUGCAGAUCUCCCCACUAUCAUGGCCCAUGAAUGGCUUGCCCCCUGUGCCCAUGUCUUCCAGAAGACCGUCGCGGAGGUCGAGCGAACUGCUAUCGAGCAACACCACCAGAAACGGCUUGCGUACCAGAAGCAGAUGAAGCAAGCAGCUGCGACGGACGCUUCAGCUUCGAAGAUAGCACGCAGUCAAAGUGCCAGGACCGACGCAUAUGCCCCCUCUACGUCGCCUUCUGGCUCGCGGAGCCAUCGCGAACAGCGGUAUGCGCAGCAGGCUCAGCCCGAGUUCCUGUACGAGACCUCUGCACCUUCCAGCGCUGGCCGUCGUGGCGUUAACUCUGCGAUCGUUCUCCCAACCUCCUCCCCUCUUGGUCUCGACGACGACCCUUUCGCUCCCUCGCCGUCUCAGGAAGUCCCUUCUAUUUCUCUCCCCUCGGGCAUGGCUCCUAUGGACGUCUCCAACGGCAUCCACGAGGACAGGAUGCAAGUCGACAGCGAUGCACCCAGGUCCACCGCUCCUCCUCCUACCUCUUAUGCACCUGUCAAAACGACGUCCCCAGAGUCGAAGCGGAAGGCACCCAAUCGCCAUACUAUUCAGGUCGAGUACGGAGAGUCGGAUGCACAGCCAGAGCCUCAGCGCGAGCGGACCCGUAUCAACGUCAACGGGUCCUCUCCUUCGCAGGAGCGCACGGCGAGGAAGCAGUCUUCAGACAUCGAGCGCCGGUCGUCGCAGAAGCCCCUUCCGGGCACGCCUUCGUCGAGUUCACGGCAGCGACAGGAGAUCACGCCUCCGAAGUCUGCUUCGUCUCCUGUCGUCCCUGUCUCCCCCGAGCACGCGCCAGUUGUAUCUAUCGAGGUCACUGGUCCUCCCGGAACCCCCCUCGCACCGUCGGACGAGAAGCUGGCGCACUACCAGAACGGCAGUAACGGAUCGACGGGUUCGGGAUCAUCGAAGCAGAGCCGCCACAAGAAGGGGCUGUCCAUCGACAAGAUCGGUCUAUCAAAGAUGUUCACCUCCGGAUCGAAUGCGGAGCAGUCCAACGGCACAGUCGGACGAACGCCCUCGCAGAGCCAGAAGUCGGUUGGGCGGUCCUCUUCCAGAGACGUGCCGCCUUCCUCGAUGAAGGACAUCGGGCGCCGGCCGUCGAGCGUGCAGGUCCCGUCGUCAGCAGCCAGCGCUGCAGACACUAGCACGGAUGCAACGCUACUCAGCCCAAGCGGCACCGUGAACGGCAAGAAGUCGAGGCGCAACACCCUCACCGUGAUGGUCGCACCCAUCCGCAGCUCGAUAAAGGCACGGUCGAAGAAGGGCGCCGAGACGCCGAUGAAGGAGAAGCCGGACGUUGCGCUCGAGAAGUCGCGCACCCCCGACGAACGCGAUGCGCCCGCGGUGCCGCCGAAGACGCCGCAGGCGCUGCGCUCCGGACAGGACGAGGCCGCCGGGUACUCUACAGCCUCCUGGAAGAGCCAGCGCGUGCCGAUCCCGGCGUCGACGGUCAAGGCGAGCAAGGUCAUGCAGUGGUUCCGCUCGAAGAGCAAGGGCCGCGCCGAGCUCUCCGAGGAGGAGACCGAGAAGGUUGUGCCGCCGCCUGCGGAUACCGAGCGUUCCGCUCAGCGACCGACGACGGCCGCGCCGUACGCUAUCAACACGUCGGCCGCGCAAAACCUCACCACGCCCGGGUCAGACAAGCUGCACUCCCCGCUCCCGCUUACGGCGACGCCGUCGGACGCGUCGUUCGCGCCGCACAGCCUCACAGAAUUCAUGCGCAAGCAGUUCACGCCCGCCCGCGCCAACUUGCGUGUUCACCACGGUGCGGUGGACCAAACGACGAUCACGACGGGCUCGCCGCCGGAGGUCAUGAAGCACGUCAAGCUAGUGCUGGAAGGCAUGGGCAUCGACAUCGACAUCGAACACGAAUACAAGUAUAGGUGCAUCCGGCCGAAGAAGAAGCGCGCUGGUCUCGGGUUGCGCGAUGGCUCUGGCAGCCUGGCAGCGUUCACUAUGGUCGGCUCAGCAGCUUCGGGAGGGGUCGACAAGCGCGGCUUGCCUCUUCCUUCGCAGUCCAACACUUCUUUCAGUGCCUCCACUGGCGGAAUGCUAAGAGGCCUGCUGAUGCGCCGCCAGUCGUCCCAAGUCUCGACUGGUACGCUCCACCAGGUCUCGCCGUCCCUCGAGUCCGAGGCCGCUUCCGAUACCGUUCUCGUCGGCGCGGCCCCUGCGGGCUCAGGCGAGGUGCCUUCGCCCAUCUCUUUGGAGACGAUCUACGGCGACACAGUACAAGAUGCCGGCGACGAAGUGCGCUUCUCGGUGGAGCUGACGCGGCUGGACCGUUUGGACGACACGUACAGUCUGGAUAUCAGGAGAUUGAAGGGUAACCUGCGGAGCUACAAGUUCCUGUACGAUAACCUUAGACAACGUGCCGACCUCCAGCGGUGAGCAACACCGUGCACAAGUAUACCUCCCGGCCUCGCAUCGGCAUGACUCUCGCGUUCGCAGCAUCGUACAUACAUGUGUCAUACCAUCGCUCCCGCACUGUCCAUACGGCUCAGGCUCGUGUCCCCUUACGCUUAGUUUCCGCCUAAUUCUCUCCCACCUCACUCCCCACACCCCCAUCUCCCCUGACUUCCCGCUCCGGCCCUUGUUCUCUCUUCUCUUUCUCCUGGUAACCAUAUUGGUCUUGGCCUUCCCGUCCGCGCUUCCUCUUCGCUCCCCCUCCGUUAUCGUGCCCGGUUCUCCUCUGGACGCCGCUCGAGAGAUCGUCUGUCUGUCCCGUUUUUUCUUACUUAGUCACUUGCCGCUUCCCGAGUAUAUGAUAUCCCAGGUUUCGGAGGAUCCGCAAUCAU